UCAGGGCGGUGUUUUCUUAUUUGUGUUUGUGUGUUGACAAUAGUUUUUGUGUAGUUUACGAUUGUGCAUUUUCUAAUUGUUGUUAAACAAAAGAGUGUUUUAUCGAAAAUAAAUAAAUUAUAUACCCAAAGAAAUGCGCAACUUUGCAAAGCAGCAGUCGCAAGACACGACAGACACCAGCAUUGAAAAAGGCGAUUACCCGCGAGCAUCAAAUGGCGUUGUGCUUGGCGGAGUGGUCACAUUUGUGGCCUAUUUCUUUCUGAUGAUGGCGUUCUGUUCGCCGUACUGGAUUGAGUCGUAUGAGGAAACGCAUAGCAGCUUCAAAAAUAUGGGCUUAUGGGAAUAUUGUUUUAGGAAUUUCGUAUAUCCAUAUUACCAAUUUCCACGUCAAUUCAAUGGAUGUCAUAAUAUUUUCAGUCAUGAAUACUAUGUUAUUAGAGAGUAUCUGCUACCUGGUUGGUUAAUGGCUGUACAGGCUUGUGUUACUUUGGCUUUUCUUUUAACAUUCCAAUCAUUAGGCGUGUUGGCACUAGUUGUUAUACGUCUGCCUUUGAAGGGUGUACUGCAAUAUGAAUGGUUGAUGAUCAGAAUUUCCUAUCUUUGUACAGCGGCCGCUUCAUUACUACUAUUUCUGGCUGUAUGCAUUUUUGGGGCUUGUGCCUAUCGUCGUGACUGGCUUAUGUAUCCGAAAUUCAAUGUGCUUGGUUGGUCUUAUGCAGUCGCUGUUGUGUCCUUUAUUACACUCGGCUUAGGUGCCAUGAUUUUGCAUCGGGAAGCCCGUUAUGCAUACGAUUUACGCGGUGAACAGAAAAAUUUAGUCAUGCAAAUGGAAAUGCAGGAACCCGGCUAUCAACCGCCUAGACAUCAUCACAGUACCUCACGUAGUCUACAUGGAUACAUAUAAAAACCAAACGAAACACUUUUUAACAAUUUAAAUAUUCCAUUUAUGAAGUAUUUCAUAUUGGGGAGAGUAUUUUGAAAAAUUUAUACAGUUUUGUCCAUUUUACGAUUUCAAUUAGUUUUAAGUGUGUAUUCACAAAUCGAAAACGAUUACUUCUCUAGCAUUAUAUAGCAUAACUUUAUGUGCACUGAACACAUCGUGCGCCAGCGUUCGUUCAACCACAAUUCGAUAUAUAUUCUAAUAAUAUCGUUACCGACAUUCUUAAGCAAAGAAGUGCCUUAAUUUUAUAGUUGAAUUGAAUUGUAUUUAGCUAAUGACUUGAAAAUUUUUUAUACAAACAUACUUAUCUAUAUAUCUUAUAUUUGUACCUCGAAUAUUUACAAAACAGCUAUUACAUGAUCAUUAACCAUCCGUCCAAAUUGAUGCAAACAUAUACAUAUCUACACGUAUAAUAGACUAUGUCAAGUAAAAAAUAACUAUAUAUUUGAAAAUAGUGCAAUGCGGCAAUGAAACGUUAUUGUAAGCUCGUAUAUUAACACCAAAUCUUUUUUAAUAAAGACACUUUUCGAUAAAACCUUUUAA